AUGGAUCCAAAUGUCAAGCUUCUACCAAAUCAGAGGGAGCCUUUUUCAGAUCCUGAAAGGUAUAGAAGAUUGGUUAGAAAGCUGAAGUACCCCACAGUCACUCAGCCUGACUUUUCAUUUGCAAUUAGUGUGGUAAGUCAGUUUCUUAAUUCGUCAUGUCAAGAACACUGGAAUGUCGUCAUUCGUAUUCUCAAGUAUAUCAAGGCAUCUCUAGGAAAAGGUCUUGAAUAUAAAGAUAAAGGUCAUGUUAAAGUUAUCGGAUACUCUGCUGCUGAUUGGACAGGUUGUCCUAGUGAUAGGAGAUCUACUACUGGAUAUUGUGUCUUCGUUGGAGGCAACUUGGUUUUCUAG